AAACUGCCAACACUGCUUCAGACCAAAUUGCGCCUUCAACCUGCUCUCAAACUCUUCGUUCCUUGCCCCAACUCGUCCUCCACUCCCUUUUCAAUGCGGUGACUAUCUACCCUUACGUUCUAGCCUUCUCCUCCUCCAGCCCGCCGUCGCCCAGGCGCAAUGACCUCCUACAAUCCUGCGAUGCCUGCGACGGCAUCCCGACCUGUCUUCGGGGCCCCAAUCCCCAUGACUGACCCUUCCGCUCCGGCUGGUACGUUUGCGCCAGGGACGAAGAUCCAAGUCGGGAGUCACAAGGUGGUUAUCCAGAAGUACUUCUCUGAGGGCGGGUUUGCCCAUGUGUAUCUGGUCAAGAUGCCCAAGCCCAUUGAUGGGACCGACAUCGCCGUCCUAAAACGAGUCGCCGUACCGGACAAGGAACAUCUGGCCAAUAUGCGGACAGAGGUGGAAACGAUGAAGAAGUUGAAGGGGCACCGGCCGAUUGUCACAUACUACGACUCGCAUGCCUCGCAGCUGAAGGGUGGGGGGUACGAAGUGUUUUUGCUGAUGGAAUUCUGUAACGGUGGAGGGCUGAUUGACUUCAUGAAUACCCGGUUGCAAAAUCGAUUAACGGAGCCCGAGAUUUUGAAGAUCUUCUCAGACGUGGCGGAAGGUGUGGCUUGCAUGCAUUAUUUGAAGCCUCCCUUACUACAUCGAGAUCUGAAAGUCGAAAAUGUCCUUAUAACAUCUACAGGAAGUUCGAAAAGAUUCAAACUCUGCGAUUUUGGGUCUACAGCACCUCCUCGACCUGCGGCAACGACAGCUGCUGAAUGCAGAUUAAUCGAAGACGAUGUGCAGAAACACACAACGAUGCAAUACCGAAGUCCUGAAAUGAUUGAUGUAUAUCGAAAGCAGCCGAUUGACGAGAAAUCGGAUAUCUGGGCGUUAGGAGUUCUGUUGUAUAAGUUGUGUUAUUACACUACACCAUUUGAGGCACAGGGACAAUUGGCGAUUUUGAAUGCGAGCUUUAAAUUUCCGAACUACCCAGUCUUUUCAGACAAGCUAAAGAAGCUGAUAGCCUCUAUGUUGAAAGAGAACCCGAAAUCUCGGCCGAAUAUCUACCAGGUGCUUCGAGAAGCGUGUCUGAUGCAAGGAAUCGAGGUUCCGAUCAAAGAUAUAUAUGCGGGAAGGACGCAAUCAGAAACUCGACGAAACCAACAAUUGCCGUCGCCACCAGACCAUACAUCGACACCCCCAAUAGUUGGAGCUGUCUUCUCGCCACCUCCGCCGCAACAGCAAAUUAUUCCUGAUGUAGUUCCAAUGCGGAGAGGGCGCCCUACCGCAAGCUCACAAGGGCAUGGUGCGAAACCGAGCCCCUCCCCCCUCCGAGGGACAGCCAAUGAUCCUUUCAAAGCCUUAGAUUCGAAAUCUCCCCCAGGCCCAGUAGACGAGAUCUCGAACCGAUUCCCUAGCUUGGAUCAAUUUUCCCUGCUUCAUGAUGGUGGGAAAUUUGAUUUUGAUAAAGCCUCACCUACGAAGGCUACAGCUCCUCGUGAUCUUGGCCAAAGAGUUACAGAAAAGUUAGCCGAUGAUGCAUUUGCAUCACCUGCAUUGCCUGCACUUAGAACUCCGAUGGGGACGUCUUCCAAGCUCCCAACUACUGUAGUUUCCAGAGCCCAGCAGAUCAUAUCGAGUAAUCCCGAGUUGAAAGCGGUGGCUUCGUUGCCCAGUGUUGUUCACCAGCCAACACCAACUCGCCCGCUCAAUCCCUCCUACAUCUCCCAAGGGACUAUGACUUCUCCAACACCUCCUCCCACCGGACAACCUGUCAAAUACAAUCCUUCACCUGUUCAGAGAUUUCCAGCCGCAAAUGAUCAUCACCGGUCAUCGAGUCUGCCUAGAAAUCAAGAAGCAGCCAACUCCAGAACCCAAUUUCUCCGUCCAGAAGAAAAUGUAUCCCUGCAAUCUUCUGCUCCUCGAACUCCGACUUUCACGCCACAACCCCAUCAUGCAAGACAUCCAUCUUCCUCUCGCCCUUCACUUGAGGGCGGUAGACCCAGCAAUGAAGUUUUAGACCCGAUCGCAAGGACAAAGUCGAGUAAUUCUCGGCCUCGACCUGCCAGUACCUAUCUGGAGAGCCAUAUGGAUUUUCUUCGUGAGAAAGAGGCCAGUGGAAGGCCUUCUCUAUCAGAUAAGCGACCGUCAUUCUCGAGAGACGGUGCUGUCAAGGAUGAGAGUUCAGAUGAUGAAACCAAUAUUGAAUCAAAUGUUGAUUUCCUAAAGACGAUGGAAGACAGCGAUUCAGGGAGACAUCACCAUCGACGAAAAAGCAGCGGUCAAAAGAAGCGCUCCAGCUUACCAUCUAUGGCUUUGUCGGGCACUAAGAACCUCCUCGCCGGGAAAUUCGGCGACGCCUUCAAACGCUUCGAAAACAAUGCAAACGCACCACCUCGAACGCCGAGUCCAUUACAAGAAAUGGAGCGAAAAGAUCUCACGCCCAUCGCCGGCUCGGAAGCCACAGACGGCCGAAGCGACGAUGGGAACAUGUUCGAGGAUAUGGAGAACCUUCCUCCUGAACAACGGCGCGAGAUCGAACGAAGACGCCUCUCAAUGGAAGAAAAGCGUGUCGCGAACGCUGCGGCUGAGUACCGCCAACGGCUCGCAGAGCGCGGCUCAAGCACGGCACCGAAGAGCAUCGGCGGCGUCUCACGCGCAACAUCCAUCCAGAACAAAGUCAAGUCCCUCCUCGACGAAAACCAAGGCCCCUCACCCAUCAGGAAAACAGCAGAAGGGUACGGGCGCUUUACCGACAACAACCCCCCUCCACCAACACAAAAUCACAACUUCGACUCCACCUCGGGAGCAAAUCCUUACACAACUACUGCUAAACCUUCCAUUACCAAAAAACCAAUCCAAGCAGGAGGAUCAGUGGGGGUAGGAAGUAUCAUCCAUCCUCGCACCGCACCGUCAAUUUCAAACGACAUCACAUUCAACAAAACCCGCACCUCUCAACCCUCUUCAUCAUCAAACUCAAUGCCCCUCCCUAUGCCGCUUCCGGCCACGGUCUCCAAAACAGGGAGUGCAAGACCGAACGCGCCGCCGAAACCGAUGCAUUUGAACAGCAUCAGCACCGGUCCUGGCCUGGCUUCCGGCUCGCCGCCGAAGAGAGAGAAGCUGGUUGCGAGGCCGGAUAUGACGUCUAAAGAAAGGGAGGAUGUCAUCGCGGACUUCAGCAAGCGGUUUCCGAGUUUGAGUGGGAUUGAGAUGGUGGAGAGGAGUAUUGAUGCACCGAGGGAGGAGAGGGUGGGCUUGGGUGAGCGGGGCGUGAGGACGAAGGAGGUGUGAUGUGGGUGUACAUAGAUAUGGUUGGCGAUUUGAGAGGCAGAAUUGAAUUCGAUGUUUAGAGUUGACUCGAGUUGGCCUUUUAGUCUUGAUGUUGUGCCUGUGCUUGCCAGGCUGGACGUGAGUCAUGUGAGGGACGAGUGUCCAUUU